AACCACAUUUCCCUUUAAUUUUUUGAGGCUGAUUAUUUGUAGUGUUGACUAGCAAGUGAUCCUAUUGUUCCAUUAACAGCAUUAUGUUACUUGUGACUGGAUCUUCCUGUCUCCUGUCAUCCCCAGUCUUUAAUGAUUGAUCCAAAUGUCAACAUACGUCCAGGUUGCAGUCCAAGUCCAGGCGGCCCCUUUUAUUUGUAAAAAAAAAAAUCACUAGAUCUGUGUGUGGGACUUCUGUCCUUUGGAUUUUUUUAGAUGAAAUCAUUUUUUUUAGUUUGAAUUGUAAUGUAUUUUUAAUUGCUGGCCAGACUGGUUGAAUUUAAAAGCAUUUAAUCCACUUAGAAGACACAAUAUGAUCUUCACUCCUGCUGAGAAACGACAUUUUGUUUGUUAUCUGUCAUUAGGUCUACUGAGCCUUUCACUGCUUACAGAAUGUGACAAAGUCAAGGUGGUCGGUCCUUCACGUUGCUCGGGUCGAGUGGAGGUCUACCACUCUGAUAGUUGGGGAACGGUGUGUGACGAUCAGUGGAGCACUGCCAACGCUGAGGUGGUGUGCAGAGAGUUAGACUGCGGGACAGUUCUUGAGGCCAAGAAAGGGGCUUUUUUUGGAGAAGGAAAGGAUCAAAUCUGGCUGGAUGAUGUCCAGUGUACUGGUCGUGAGUCGUCUGUCCUCAAGUGUGAACACAGACCAUUUGGGCAAAAUAACUGUGGCCAUGGUGAAGAUGCUGGUGUUGUCUGUUCGGAACAUGUGAGGGUGGUCAACGGAAGCAAUCGGUGUAAUGGCAGAUUGGAAGUCUACCAUGAGGGCCAUUGGAAACGAAUAUGCAGCAGUGACUGGGGCAAGGCAGAAGCUGACGUGGUGUGCCAAGAGAUUAACUGUGGCAUCGCUGUCACUCCGACUGAUGAUCUACAUUUUGGAGAGGCGCUUAACAUGGUUGGAGUGAAGACCUCCUGUUUUGGAAAUGAGAGCUCGAUCUCACAGUGCAAAUUUCAAGAAUUACAGGACAGCUGUGUUGAUGCUACGGUUUCCUGUGCAAACAGUAAACCAAUUCGGCUGAUGAACGGGACUAAUCGAUGUAAUGGCCGAGUGGAACUCUUCCACGAUGGACAGUGGGGAACAGUUUGUGAUGACAGAUGGGGCAUGCAGGAAGCAGCUGUCGUGUGCCGUGAGAUGAACUGUGGGAAUGCUCUCUCAGUCAAGUACAAUGCCUUCUUCGGCAGAGGUCGGGAUCAGGUUUGGUUGGACGAUGUUGAGUGUUCUGGUCAUGAGAAAUCCCUUGCUGACUGCCCACACAGAGGUUUGGGAGAACACGACUGUGACCACAAUGAAGAUGCUGGCGUUGUAUGCUCAGCCUCAGUCAGAUUGUACAACGGGACUAACCGCUGCUCUGGCAGAGUGGAGGUCUCCCAGGGUGGCCAAUGGGGGAAAAUUUGUAACAAUAACUGGGGCCAUCAAGAGUCUGAGAGGCUGUGCAAGGAACUCGGCUGUGGACCUCCAAAAAAUUCUGACGAAAACUUCCAUCAUGGUGAUGCCAGACUGAAAGGGUAUAGGACCACAUGUGCCAGAAAUGUGAGCUCCAUCUCUGACUGCACAUUUCAAGAAAUCACAGGGACAUGUGAAGGUGUUUCUCUUUCAUGUACAGAUAUUCCACCAAUAAGGCUUGUCAAUGGCACUGACCGAUGCUCUGGCAGAGUGGAGGUUAUGAAUGAUGGCCAGUGGGGAACAGUGUGUGAUGAUGAGUGGGACCUCAGAGAUGCAGAGGUGGUGUGCAGAGUCAUUGACUGCGGAACAGCUCAGAUGGCCAAAACGAGUGCCUUCUUUGGUCCAGGCCAGGGAGACAUCUGGCUGGAUGAUGUCGGCUGCUUCGGGAACGAGACGUCCCUCAUGCACUGCAGACAUCCAACCCUCGGGGAAAAUAACUGUGGCCAUGGCGAAGAUGCUGGUGUGGUGUGCUCAGCCAACAUUAGACUCAUUAAUGGGACUAGCCAGUGCUCAGGCAGAGUGGAGUUUUCCCACGGUGACCACUGGUCAACAGCAUUCAACUUUAACUGGGGAAUGAAUGAAGCUACAGUGGUGUGCAGAGAGAUGAACUGUGGAGAUCCGGUCAAGUUCACCGGAUCAUAUGGUCAAAGCGGAGCUCAGAGAGGGUAUAAGGUCAGUUGUAGUGGCAGAGAGAGCUCUCUGUCACAGUGCAGACUGACAGAAUACGUCCGGAACAGAAACGAUCGUAUGGAAGAGGCAGCUGUCGAAUGUUCAGGUAACGUGAGGUUGUCCGGUGGGCACAGUCGUUGCGCUGGAAGAGUGGAGUACUAUGACAAAGGCCAGUGGGGGAGUGUGUGCGGUGAAUCCUGGGAUAUGAAUGAUGCAGCGGUGGUGUGCAGACAGCUGGACUGUGGGAGGGGUCAUAAGAUUACCACCAUCGCUGAGUACGGCAGCGGCACAGGACAGACCUGGAUUGAUCUAAUUGAAUGCAAUGGGUUGGAGUCCACAUUGGCUCAGUGCCCACAAAGACCGUUCAGAGACAGGACUUGCAACACCACCUCUGUUGCUGGUGUCGUCUGCACAGGAAGUUUGGAAGCCCGACUGGUCAACAGUAAGGAUGAGUGCUCUGGCAGGGUAGAGGUCCGUCAUGGUGAUGUGUGGCAAACAGUUUGUGACACAGACUGGACUCUGAGUAAAGCUCAGGUGGUGUGUGACCAGCUGGAAUGUGGAACUGCAUUGAACGCUCCAGGUGCUGCCCAUUUUGGUCAAGGCAGUGGAUCAGUGGUGGAGGCCAGUGAGUCAUGCUUUCGCAACACGACAUUUCUUCAGCAAUGCUCGGCCAACGGUUUCCGAAGCUCAAGCUGUGGGCAUGACCAUGAUGCAGGUGUCCAAUGUGCAGCACAGAUCCGGUUGGCCAGUGGUGCAAGUCAGUGCUCUGGCAGAGUGGAGGUCUUCUAUAAAAGCCAGUGGGGAACUGUGUGUGAUGAUGAAUGGGAAAUGGCCAAUGGUGAUGUUGUAUGUAGACAGCUUGGCUGUGGUCACGCAGUUUCUACUCCAACAAAUGCCCACUUUGGUAGAGGCAGUGGUCCAAUAUGGCUGGAUAACGUGGAGUGUACAGGCCAAGAGUCUGCUCUCUCACACUGUCAUCACAACGGAUUCGGAGAAAAUAACUGCGGGCACGGUGAAGACGCUGGUGUUAUCUGUUUAGGUGCUCUAGAGAAGCCUCAAAUCACUUUCAGUCCGGCUGCAGAUGUAAAAUGGGGUGAAAAAGUGGAAAUCACCUGCACUGUUGUAUCAGAACACCUGGGUGGGACAUUCAUCCUGAGAAAGAUGGAAGGAAAUUUUCAAAUGGAAAAAUACUCCGAACACGAAGCUGCAACCUUUGUCUUCCCUUCAGUGGAAUUCAGCCAAAAGGGGUCAUACUACUGUGAAUAUCAGAAGAAGCUGCCCAAUCAAGUCAUCUAUUAUCCUCAAGGAAAUGUAGCUGAACUCUCCAUCACAGUGAAAAUGGACAUACCCAGAAUCUCCCUGACAUCUCCUCACGCAAUGGUGAUCUACAGCCCGGACAAAAUAUCGGUCAACGAAGGCAGCAGCUUCUCCGUCACCUGCUCUACUCAUUCGAUAUAUUCCGGAGGUUACUUCUAUCUGAGAAAGUCCAAUAUGACCGUCACAGAGGCAAAGCCUGCAUUUGGCCACUCUAUCUUCUACCUGGCGACCUUUGACUUCCCUUCAUUACAGCAUGAGCACCAAGGAGAAUAUAGCUGUGUCUUUGGUCUUAACAUCUCCAGCAUGUCCUUCUGUUCCGUUCCCUCGAAGUCACUACAAGUCAAUGUAAUCGCCUCGUCCUCUUCAACUGUCACAGGAGUUGUGAUUGGGCUACUGCUGGUGCUACUGGUGCUGGGUGGCGGUUACUGGUUCUGGAGAAAGAGAGGUCUGGGUGCUGGAACCUUGGUUCAGUUUAGUAACAGGUUUGGGGGAGCAAUAACAAACGAUGUAGACGACAGAAGCAAUCGAGUAUUCGAGGAAAGUACUCGCACUACCCAAGUGAAUGAGAAUGUGUACAGUCGCAGCCCGGUAGAGAAGAAGGCUGACGCUGAUUUGGAUAACUCUGUUGAGAGGGUCCCUGAAGACCUGGCCGGGAGAGUGUGUUACGAGCUCGAACCACUCGUUCUCUCGUGAUGGCAGAAUGACUCAAGAAAUGAUGCGAUUUCACGAAAUUCAAAGAGCAAGUUUCAGGUCUGUCACACCUGUAACCACACCCAGAAGUGAUGUCACUGCGUACUAAUACAACCUUGGAGGAAAUAAGUUUUUUUAGCUGGUGGGCCUUUUUUUUCUUUAAGCUAGACCACAGGAACACUAGGGACCUGUUUUAAUGUGUUGUUCCCACCUUUUUUUAUGUAAACAAAUAAUUCAGAAAUCUACCAACUUUACAGGAACUCAAAUAAAUGCUGUGUGACCUGCUGUAUCAAAUUAUAUGGUGAAAAAGAGAUUUGAAUAGUAACAUACAUGAUGCUUGUGUAAAUGGGCAAAUGUGUGUUUGUAACAUUUAUUGUACUUGUUCCUGCAGUGAUUUUGUUUGUUCCUGUGAGAUUCUGAUAAUCACAAAGUUUAAGUCUGUUGAUCUGCAGGAAGAUACUGAUUAUAUUGUCUUUGUGUUACAUGAUAAUCUGCUUUUUUGGUGUAAGUGAGUGCAGUUGAAUAAAUGUGUUAUUUCUUACCUUA